CUCUGCUCUCUGUUCCUCGUUUCCUCAAAUACUCGGGGUGGACCACCUCGGGGCUCAUCACAAAUAAUGUCCUUCCCACCACACAAUUUGUCGGCGCCAUUCAAUUUCGCCAAGGAGGAGGAGAAGGUCAUCGCAUACUGGAGAGAGAUAGAUGCCUUCCAAACAAGCUUGAAAUUGUCCGAAGGGCGACCGGAGUACUCUUUCUACGAUGGUCCACCAUUCGCUACCGGCCUGCCUCAUUACGGACACUUGCUCGCGGGAACUAUCAAAGACAUCGUGACAAGACAUGCGCACGCUAGCGGGUUUCACGUUACGCGUCGUUUCGGCUGGGAUACGCACGGGCUCCCCGUCGAGCACGAGAUCGACAAGAAACUCGGGAUCACCAGCCGCGACGAUGUCAUGAAGCUGGGGAUCGACAAAUAUAACGCCGAGUGUCGAGCCAUCGUCAUGCGCUAUUCCGCGGACUGGCGCCGGACUGUUGAGCGCAUGGGUCGCUGGAUCGAUUUCGACAACGACUACAAGACGCUGAACAUCACCUUCAUGGAAAGCGUCUGGUGGGCGUUCAAGCAGCUCUUCGAAAAGGACAUGGUCUACCGCGGGCUCAGGGUCAUGCCCUACUCGACGGGCCUGCUCACUCCCCUCUCAAACUUUGAGGCCAACCUCGCAUACAAGGACGUCAAUGAUCCCGCCGUGACCGUGGCAUUCCCCCUGGUUGACGACCGCUCUACUUCCCUUCUGGCUUGGACUACAACUCCCUGGACGUUGCCAUCCAACCUUGCUCUGUGCGUACACCCCGACUACACAUACAUCAAGAUCCACGACCAGGAGCGCGACCAAAACUUCAUCAUCCACGAGAACCUCCUGCGAACACUUUACAAAGACCCGAAGAAGGCGAAGUUCAAGAAGGUGGCCACCUUCAAGGGCUCCGACAUGAAGGGAUGGAGAUACGUCCCUCUAUUUGAGUAUUUUACCGAGCAGUUCGAGGACAAGGCGUUCCGCGUGCUGAACGACACCUACGUCACGGCAGAUGACGGUACAGGUAUUGUCCACCAGGCGCCCGCUUUCGGUGAGGAUGAUCACCGCAUCUCCAUCGAGAACGGUGUGCUUCGCAAAGAGGAUAUGCCCCCGUGCCCGAUCGAUGAUGCCGGCCGAUUCACCCAGCAAGUUCCGGAGUUCGCCGGCAUGCAUGUCAAGGCGGCCGACAAGGAGAUUCAGAAGGUACUGAAGAACAAGGGCCGCCUGAUCGUUCAGUCCACCCUCAACCACUCGUAUCCCUUCUGCUGGCGGUCGGGCACGCCUCUGAUCUACCGGGCUAUUCCGGUGUGGUUCGUUCGUGUUCAGCCGAUUGUGGACGAGCUGGUCGCGAACAACAAGGAGACGCGAUGGGUCCCGCAGAACAUCGGAGACGGCCGCUUCGGCAACUGGAUCUCCAACGCGCGCGACUGGAACGUCUCGCGGAAUCGUUACUGGGGGACACCAAUGCCGCUCUGGGUGAGCGAUGAUCUAGAGGAGGUCGUUUGCGUUGGGUCCGUCGAGGAACUGGAGAAGUUGUCUGGUGUCAAGGGUGUCACAGACCUGCAUCGUGACAAGAUCGACCACAUCACCAUCCCCUCGCAGCAAGGCAAGGGCCAGCUCAAGCGCAUCGAUGAAGUCUUCGAUUGUUGGUUCGAGUCCGGCAGCAUGCCUUAUGCGCAGCUUCACUAUCCCUUCGAGAACAAGGAGUUGUUCGAGAAGACGUUCCCCGCAAACUUCAUCUCUGAGGGAAUCGACCAGACGCGCGGUUGGUUCUAUACCCUGCUUGUUCUCUCGACACAUCUGUUCGGUAAGGCGCCAUGGAAGAACCUCAUCGUCACAGGUCUCGUCCUUGCAGAGGAUGGUAAGAAGAUGAGCAAGAGCCUGAAGAACUACCCCGACCCCAACCUCAUCAUCGACCAGUACGGCGCCGAUGCGACAAGGAUGUUCCUCGUCAACUCGCCUAUCGUCCGCGGCGACAACCUGCGUUUCCGGGAAGCUGGCGUCCGCGAGGUCGUCUCACGUGUACUCCUCCCGUGGCUCAACUCCUUCCGCUUCUUCCUGGGGCAGGCUGCGCUCUUGCAGAAGACAACCGGGCGCGCAUUUGUAUACCACGCGCAUGCGCCCGUGUCGCAGAACGUGAUGGACCGCUGGGUGCUCGCGCGAUGCCAAUCGCUCAUCCGCCUCGUGCGCGAGGAGAUGGCCGCAUACCGGCUAUACACCAUUAUCCCGCGUCUACUCGAGCUCAUCGAUGAGCUCACAAACUGGUACAUCCGCUUCAACCGCAGGCGGCUAAAGGGCGAGGACGGCGAGGAGGACACUGUGUUGGCCCUCAACACGCUGUUCGAAACGCUUUUGACACUCUGCCAGACGAUGUCAUCAUACACCCCCUUCUUGACAGAGAACAUCUACCAGGAGCUCAGGAGAUUCAUCCCUGAGGAUCCCAAAGCUGGUGACACGCGUUCCAUCCACUUCUUGCCCUUCCCCGAGGUCAAGGAGGAGUACUUCGACGAGGAGAUCGAGCGGAAGGUCAAGCGUAUGCAGACCGUCAUCGAGCUCACGCGGAAUGUUCGUGAACGACACAACUUGUCCCUCAAGACCCCACUCCAAGAACUCCUUGUCUUCCACAGUGACCCUACCUAUCUGGAAGACGUCAAGAGCCUGCAGCGUUACGUGCAGUCCGAGCUGAACCUCCGCGACAUCGUCUUCACCUCGGACGAGCAACUGGCCGGUGUGAAGUACCGUGCGGUCGCGGACUGGGCCGUGCUCGGCCGCAAGCUGCGCAAAGACCUCGGGCGCGUGAAGAACGCGCUGCCGUCCGUGACGAGCGACGCCGUGCGGCAGUACGUCGACACAGGCAAGCUGACCGUCGACGGCAUCGAGCUCGUCACGGGCGACCUCUCCGUGCAGCGGUACAUCGAGCUGCCCGAGCAGGCCGCGGGCGGGUCCGCGCAGCACGCGACGAACACGGACAACGAGGUCGUCGUGCGGCUCGACAUCCAGGUCCACCCGGAGCUGCAGACGGAGUACCUCGCGCGCGAGGUCAUCAACCGCGUGCAGAAGCUGCGCAAGCGCGCGGGGCUGCAAGCGACAGACGACGUGGACGUGUACUAUGCGUUCGAGGAGGGCGCGGGCGAGGACGUGCUCGCGGCGAUGGACGCGUACCGGGAGGUGAUCGAGAAGACGGUGCGGAGCGUGCCGCGCGACGUGAGCGAGCGUGGGGAGGGCCGCAAGGUGCUCAUGGAGGAGGAGCAGGAGAUCGCGGAUGUGAAGUUCGUGCUGUCGCUUGCGUGGCGGUAGACUUGGGGGCUCGGGCUUAGGUUUUGGGAAGAGAGCGAAAACGAGAAGUGUAUUACAGUAGUGUGUGUGCAUCUAGAAUACGAUCAUGCCUAUGUCUC